UCUCGGUCGUCCCUCCGCGUUGGCCGGCGCCGCUUAAACGGUUCGAACGCGCGUGAACUCAACGGUUCGUCGACCAACACAAACCACUUGGACGCAACAUAUAAAUAUUCGCAAAACGGUUGGUAAUUGAUGUAAACCUAAAAACAAUAGUAUCAUACAACCGACACUGCGCUGUGUAUUGGUCGCCGCCAAGAGUCCUUUGGUGUACCUGAAGAAUAGGCGAUAGUGGCACUGUGGAUGGGGCGGCACCAGGCGACUGACUUUGACGCGUGACGACGUGGGGUGUAAUCGUCCGGGCCGGCGGUUGACAAUGUGUGCGGUCAGCAAAGUUCCGGAUAACGUGUCGAGGACUAGCGUUGUGUUUGGCGUGGCAUCGUUGGCCAUCCUGUUCACGGGAUUCGUGACAGGGUCGUGGGUGACCACCAGGGAACCAUACAAAGUGCCCGGCACAGAAAUGUAUACGGUGGUCGCGUUCCGCAUUGGAUUGUGGAAAAUCUGCCCCACAAUCAAGAAAAUCAACUCGACGCUAAGUUUACCAUCACUGCAGUGUAAAUAUGUUCCAUAUACUACUGAUUGGAGUUCAGUUGUAGCAUACAGAGACAUUGGUGUCGAUUCGGAUGUGUACUUUACACCGACAUUUGUAUCGAAAAUGAGAUGGUGCGUUCCAUUAGUCGGCAUCAGCUUUUGCCUUAUGCUAGCCGGUACUGUAUUCUCCUUCAGCGGACAUUUUUACAAAGAUCAGAAGACACUGAUAGCUUCGUCGUUGCACACUUUAGCUGGAUUGGUUUUGGCUGUUGGACUGUUCGUGUUCGCGUCUGUUCUCAGUGACAGUUUCUCGCCGGUGUACUUAUCACCGAGCGGUGACGGUAGCAAUUACGGUGAGUACGCGGGACAAGCGACCACUGUUCCGGAUUACGAUUACCGGUACGGCUGGUCGUUCGUCGCCUGCAGCUUGGCGUUUUUGGUGUCCGAGGCGUCGGCCGUGUUCACUAUAACCGCAUACUUCCGGCGCCUGGAAGAGCGUAUGCAGUACAUUGCCGUCGACCGGAAACCGCCGGAAUCGCCGCCGCGCAAUAUGACGGUGACGUCGGCGUCAGGUGACGACUGUUCGCUCGAUUCGUGCGACACCGUGGACAGGGACUCGCCGCAAACGGAACUCUUGAGAGCCGAACGUUCGACGGCCUCGUCGGCAACGGCGUCUUCGUUGACACCGGCGGCCGCCGGACCUGUCGACGAUCAGCCGUCCGCGGACGCCGGUGGUAAGACGCCACCCGACAUAUGUCCAACGAAAAUGGGCGACGAGUCGUCAACAUCCACGCACAUUCCCGGCGCCAUCGUCAAGCAUCCGACGUCCUACUGUAGCGCCACGCUAAACCCAAAGCAUUACAGGCACAUGGCGGUGAUCAGCAGCGGCAACGGGUACGAAGUGGACACUACCAAGCCGUGCACGUGCUCGACGGCCCCGACGGCGGCCACGACGAAGCGGUACGCCACCAUAGCCGCCGGGGUAGCCAGGCACAACGGCGGGAGCGGCGGCGUCAAACAGCAGUGGACGGCUGCCACUUCGGUGACCGCGGCCAAGCGCAGAUCGGGCGCCACCGGUCUGACCGCCAUCAAGGAAACCGUGGACGAUUACUAUCACCAACACCAACACAACCACAGCCAUCAACACCACAACCACAACCAUCACACUCUGGGCCGUAAACCCGACCCGCCCGGCAGGAGACUCAAGGCUGCGGUCGGCGGUUACUGUAUCCCGCAGACGCCCAUCGCCGCUCUGGAAGCUCUCGACUGUCCACCGAUUGCAGAUCCGCGGCUGGUGGCGCCCAGUUCGGUAUGACGCAAAUGUUGCGUCGUCCUGAGCCAGGAUGAGCACGCAGUGUGACGACGACGCCCUUAUACCGGCUGCCAUAUAUUGCGGCCAAACGAACUUAAUUAUAUACCAUAAUUAUCACACAUUGGUUAUUGCCUAUCAGAAUAAUUAAUGUGGUUAGAUCAAAAACGGUUCAAGCGAUAUAAUGUAUUUGUUAAAAAUAACAGCUAAGAAAUAUCUUUUUAAGAAAAUAAAAAAUCGUUUGUACCCUGUUUAGUUGUCGCCACUUCAACUAUUUUACCAAUACACAUCAUGUACAGAUCUAUGACUUACAUUAUGCCAGAGAUCGUGUAUGUGAACUGAACGAUACUUUGUUACAAGUACUAUCCUGUUGUGAUUCUAAACGUACAUUGGUUUUGGUCAAAGGGAUCCGUAAACGUUUUGCUGUGCCUUGUACAUAAUUGGUUGAAUCAAAAUAAUACCUCUACAUAGAGCACACGUUUCACAUUAAAACAUUGAAUAAUAAUAUGUAUUAAAAUAAUAACUAUAAUAUUCGUUAAUGCUAAUGUAUCGUUAUUUGAAACAAUAAUUAUAUAUUUUUUAUCCGCCGUUCGAUCGAAAUGUUUUUUUUUAUAAAUGUCUU